AGGAAUAUUUAUUAAAUACAGAAACUUGAAAAUUGCUGUGAAAGAGUUAUGAUAUUGUUUCUAGUGCAGUUGAAUUUCUGAUGAAGCGAUAAAACUUUUGUAAAUGUGGUGAACGAAAGACGCAUGAUCUGUUCGUGAAGCAUGGUGUCCGGCUGGUCUUGCAACUUGCAACUCGAUGUUGUUCGUGUGACUGUUGACCAGCGUUUCUCUUUUCGGGCGUUGAGAGGCAUAAGAGGUUCCCGGUACACUGCAGUGUCUAACAAGGUGGUGGAUCCCAGGGUACAUCCACUUGAGGGACUUGUGUGACACCUUCUAAACGUUCCAGGAAAAGAUAGAGACUGCAAAAAGGGCAAAAGGUCUAAGGGCCUUCGAGAGCUCAGCUGCUAUAGCGGAACCAGCAAAGUGAUAUUACUAGCUCUAUCUAGUCUUGAAUCGCCCAAUUAAAACAACAAGAGAUUUUAUUAGACUGGUAUUGUUAGGAAUUGAAAAGAUAAUUCGUAGCGCAAUUCAAGACAACUGUAUCUUCUAUCUAAUGAUUCAACUUUGAGAGAUGGUGUAGGCUCAGGGGCAACCUCUUAUUCUACUUCAAGUCGAGAGACCAGUGGUCAGAGCCAUUGGGAGUUGUCAUACUUGAGCAAUGCACCAUCAAGAUUGAUACACCGUCAACCGAGGGCCCGUUUGGAUUCAGCCUAGUGUUUGAUGGCGGCCUAAGCCAGCACAUAGCGGCGCACUCGGAGCAGGAACGCGACGCGUGGCUGGAGGCGAUUCAGCUGGGCAGCUACGAGAGCAUGAGGUCACAGCUGUUGGCGCUGCAGCAGCGCAUCGAGCUGCAGCGAGGUCACGACCCCGACCUCGACAUACAGAUGUGGCGGCUGCGUCGCAACCAACAUCUCGAUCCUUGCGAGCUUCCCCUAUGUGAGAUAUCCUUGGCCUGUGAUAACUUAUUAUGUGAUGCAAACGGUCGACCCCCAAAUCCAGUUGUUUUAAUUCAAGUCUUCCUUCCUCAAGAGGAUGUUCUGCUCAAGUAUGCUAAGACUGAAGUGUUUGAGAAAAGCAGUAACCCCAAUUUUCUCAAUACAGUACGAUUUCGAGCUAGUGAUGGCUUGACGUCAGACUCUCGAAUACGAUUUAUUGCCUACGAUGUUUGUGAACCUGUCUCUCAAACUGCCACUCCGAUUGGAAGCUGUACGUUGGUACUUGGUGCUCUCCAGGAGUCGGAAAGAAUUCGAAUUCCUUUGAAAUCGAGCUCUUCAUCGACGGUUGGGUUUCUCAGCCUGAAUAUCUGGUCUCUGGAAAGAGAGGACAACAAUAAUCCCAGCACUGAGUCGACGCCCUGUCGAAUACCGCUGCAAAAUGAUAAGGAUACCAGCUCAGUUUAUUGUCAUCGAAGAUCUCAAUCACUGCCGCCUAGAUUAGGAACGAAACUGAAACUACCUCAUCAAGGCCAGCUGAAGCUGCUGUUCGCCAAUGCUUGCGUGCAGACCUACCGCUUCCACUCGGGUCUGGGCGGCGACAUCAGUGUGCAUGAAAUCAUGGCCGAGAGCCAGCUCUGCUUCCAAUUUCCCCAGCAUUUGUUAGGUUUGUGGAUCCAAGAGGAGAAGGAGCUUCUGCAGGAGGUGGCGGGGAUGGGGGAGUUGGUGGAGCCUUGGCACACGCGCCAAGUGGAGCUGCUAGACAGGCAUCUCCAUCUGCUCCAUCUCUAUUCACAGGCCAAGGAGAACCUUACUGCUCACAAAGGUGCAUUGUUCAAGCCAAGCUCUCGCAAGAGUGACCGCUCGCUGGAGUUUGCACCAAUCAACCUCCAUUUGCAACGAAUGUGGGUGCAGAACGAAACGCUGAAGAAGUGCGACUUCUACGACAUAAUCACAGUCGGCGCCUUCACCGCUCACUCUCACAAGUCGAAAAAUGGCGGCCUCAUCAAAUUGUUACAGCAAUUGAAAGAAUCGCCCACCAGAAGUAACGUAUCUCCUCCAGGAAACACCAAAAUCGCUAUGGCUAAUGACACUAUUCAGGCGAUAAAACAAUUGAGACGUGAAGUAGUAGACGCUAUGAGAGCUCUGAUGAAGUUGGCCAAAGAGAAGCAGACCGCUGGAAUGCUACCGAUUUGUGAGGAUAUGAUUUCAAAGACACGAAUUCUGCUGAGCCUCUGGGAUCCAGGUCUAGUGGAAGAGGCGCUGUCGUUUGUGGAAGAGCACAAGGUGUCCAUCUCGGAGGAGACGACGAACACGAGUGGCGAGGAGAGCCUCACUCUUUCCCCCUUUAAGCGCAUCACACAGCAGCUCAGCUUCAACGAACUCAAAUCGCCCGACCUUGACGAGCUGGUCACUCCGGACAGUCCACGCUGUCUGAAGGGGUUCUGGGACGUGCCUCGUAAAUCAAAUCUAGAGCAGCAGGUUCACGAUGAAGAUGACGACGUGGAAAAACAGUUUUCCGCUUUCCCUGACGCUGACGACGACGAUAGAAGCUAUGGGAAAAAGUCGUCGAUUGACGAAAACUCAAACGUGGCCACUGAUGACAGUCGAGAUGAUGAUGAAAUCGAGAAUGAGUUCCCGGUGAUGACUAAUGGCUUCGACUGCGAGAUUGGUCGCCGGUUUCUGGACACGCAUGCCAUGUGCAGCUCUCCGUCGGCCAACUAUUACAAGCCGACCGAUGAACCCGAGCCCUGGGACCUCACCCAGCUCAAUAUCGAGGCUAGCGUCAUGUGUCUCGUCAGCAAGGUCAAGUUUCUCUGUGGUCGGUGCGGGUCGCCAGCUGUCAGGCUAAGGACUCAACGAAGCAUCGGAAGGUCGAGGAGUUUCCGCAGCGAUCUCUCGUCGCAUCAAGACGUGGUGACUAGUCAACCAUCCAACACCACGGCUGCCAACGGAAGCACCAUUGUCACGCAGCCCAGAGCCAUGCGUACCAACAGUGACGAUGCUAUCAACAAAGCGGUGGACUGUGCCACAGUGGUGCGCAACAAGUUCACUGAAGGCCUGGACUUCGCGACGAUGACUGAUUGGACGGUGGAGCUGCGGCCGAGCAUGCGCAAACUGCGUCAAGCCAUGGACGGCCUACUGAAGACGGCACGCCUCACGCACAGUGUGUUCCGCGUGCAGGAGGAUCGGCGAGCCGCGCAACGAACGUGCAACGUGCGCUACCGACGUCAUGUCUGCUUCUCGCAAGCGUUGACGUCGCUUGUGACCGCCCUCAUGGCCAAACUAUGGUGCCAAAAACCGGAUCCCACCUUCUUGCUGAUUCUGAGCUCAAUCGGACCGUUGAUCUCGUUCGAAUGUCUGCUGAGUUACUUUGGCGAUGAGAUCGAUAUGUGGGGAGACAUGUCUAUUGCCGUCGAAGAUCUUCGAACAGUUACUUUUACUCCUGUUCGUUGCCCGGCUGAUAUAAGGAGCAGCCAGCAGAUAGUGCCGAAAGUGACAGGCUCGCGGGCGGCGCUGACAGUGCUCCUCCCUGUGCCCGAAGCUGUCCACUCGCUGCUUCCACUCGCGUCUGCGUCGGCGUCGGCGUCUUUCCACGUGACGCCCGUCUUCUUGAACGUGGGCAUCAACGAGAUGGCGACCGUGGCCGAGAGCCUGGGCGCCACACGGCCGCAGGAACGCAGCAACGUCGACAACUUCGAUCGACUCAACCAGUACUACCACCGCUUCAAGAAGCUCAACAUCAGCGAAAAACGAGGUGCCAUCGGCUCGUUUGCUCUUUCUCCUACGUUGUCGGAACUGAUUGAGAAUAUGAAAACAAUGGUCAACAAUCCGACCAGUAAAAAUGUGGAAAUACUUCAUAUCGCAGCCAGAAUAUGCCGUAGGAUGAAAGGAUUGAGGUUCACAAGCUGCAAAAGUGCCAAAGAUAGGACGGGCAUGUCAGUCACUCUGGAACAGUGCAAUGUGCUGAGGCAAGAAUAUGAUUUGGCUGAACAUGAGUUCCAAAGGGCACUAGAUUGUAUGAGAAGUGAAGGAUGCAGGAGAGAAAAUACUUACAAGAAUAUAGGAGUGAGGAAAUACGCUUUCAACAGCGUCCAGCUAUUAACGUUUCCAAAACUGUACAGACCACCUGCAGGCACUUACGGCUCAGCUCAAACCUAAUAUUCAUGUCAAACAAUCAUCGAUUUUUGUAUAAAGCGUAAAUUGUUACAAUCAUCAGUAAUUAUCAUUUGUACAAUGUAUUUCAGCUUUAAUAGUUUAGGAUUUUAAUGCUUCCGUUAAUUAAUGUAUUGUUGAUUCAAUUUAUAUUAUGUAGAUAAGGGUGGACAAGAGAGUACGCAUCAUCAUUCUUCUAUCUGGGAUAUGAAGAAGCUGUUGAUUUGAUUUUUGGGAUCCCUGUAGAUUUUACUUUUUACAAACUUUCUCUUGAAGACUUGGGCACAUCUAACUUUAAUUGAUGGAAAGAAUGCACCAAUAACAAAAUAAAAUUAUCAAGUUGGAGGUUAUUGUCUGAAUCUAAAGCUCAGAUAAUGAUAAAUUUCUCCAUGCAUAUGAAAAUUUAAAAAUAAUGGGAUAAAAUUUCAUAAAUUUUAAAUAAUAAUAUUCUAAAUAAUCCAAUUAAGGAGGAGGCCUGAAUGUCUAGAUAAAAAGGACCUAAAAAUUAGAAUUAGAUGUGGUUGGAUGUUGAUGUUAUUGUAUUUUGUUAUAACCUCUUUUUCGAUUAUCUUGACGUACUUAUGUCAUGGCGACUGAAACUUAUAAAUCUCUACUCUCAAUGCAUACUCUAUUCGUGAUGCAUAUUGAAUAAUUAUAGAAUAAAUAUUAUUUAUUAAUCUUAGAAAAAGAGUACAAGUUUAAGAUUUAUUCUAUGAUAAAUUAAUGUCAAUUCAAGUUUGGGUUAUACUUCCAAAUUUCAAUUUAUUAGAAUUGUAAAUACGUUAGGGUGAAAAAUAUUGUAUCUACUAGUCAUAGAUUCGUUGUUUAAAAUAUUUCUAUCUUAACUUUAUUUAUUGAUCUUUCAAUUAAAUUAAUAUUUGUUAUAUUUUGAUUCAUUAACUAACAAUUGUUAUUAUUGAAUAAUUGUUAAGUGACCAAUCGCACAACAUUUUUCUUAUAUAUUUUUUUCAUCACCGUAGUAAUCUUGUAUUAGAAGCAUCAUCUCUAGUGACAUUAUUUAGAUAAAUAUUACAAGUCUAUCUUGAUAAUGAUCUGAAGUUAAAUAUUGCAAAAUAUUGAUUACAAAUCAUCCAAUGGUUUAUAUAAAUGUGCCAAAAAACGUAUUAUAUUUAUUGUUGUACAUGUUAACACUCUUGUAUUUGUAAAAAUUCACUAGAUAUU